UCUACUGGAUACAAGACGGGAACGCUCUUUUAGCAGCAUCUAUAACGUCUGUCCUUUUCGGAGGGCUUGCAAACAAUAUGUACCUUGUCGGCAUGUUCACAGUCGUCACUACGAGAUUUGACCAGAACAGCGGCAUCUUCAUAGGUUUCUUGGAGUUCCUAUGGGGCGCAGGAAACAUGGCAGGAAGCUACAUAGGAGGAUACUUAAUAGACGCCUGGAAUUAUCCCCUCCCGUUCUUCGUCGUCGGUGUCAUUGCUGUGGCAGCCUUACCCAUCAUUGCAAAGUUGCGACAACAGCUUGAGAACAAUUCCGAGAGCAAAGAACCAGAUCUGACCGAAGCGGAAGCGAGCAUAAAUUAUUUGUGGCUCAUUGCCGAUCCCAUUUUUUUCGCCGAUAUGGUGACGCUCACUAUGGUGUGGAUUAUCCUCGGAUUCAACGAACCAACAUUAGAGCCGAGUCUCACCAAGUUGUAUAUAGCUGCUAUCCACCACUCUCGGCUGGCAACCCUGGUCGGCUGCGAGCGCGGUGGUGGAACGCAAUAA